UCAGUCUCCUAGCAACUGGGGACGCGGCGUUGCCACAGGCCCCGGCCGGCCGCAUGCGGCGGCUCCAGCCAUGGGCGGCCUCAGCGCCUCCGCCGCCUUCCGGGAGCAUCUCCGCCGGCUGCGCCUGGGCGAAUUCCCCUGCGGCGCCGGCAGCUGGAACAGGUCCCGUUUCGAAUUAAGGAAAAGGAAACCUGGAGGAAAUGCAGUCCAGAGAGACGCAGAUGCAGGCACAGCCCAGCACCAGGAAAUUGGAACUCCCAGUGAAGAGAGCCUGGAGACCUUAAUGGAGUUUGUGAGCAGCCAGGACUCCCCCUGGGCUCUGCCACCUGACUGCAGCCCCGAGGAUCAGCACCUGAGGGAGCUGGCAGUACAAUCGCCGCAGCUUAUCCGGGACAACUUCAUCUUCUUGUUCUUCAGGUCCUUAAGGAUAGUGGAUAAAGGAGUAAAUGAAGUUGAUGAAAAUUUGUUGAAGUUUCAUAACCUGGAAGAGCUCGUACUCAGUGCCAAUCAAAUCAGCAAAAUAAACUCUGCCAACCUUCCUAGAACACUGAAGGUCUUGGAGCUCUGUGGCAAUGAGAUUGUCGGUUUGCAGAAUCUGUGUUCUCUCCCACCUCCGGAACUCCAGCAUUUGGGGCUGGGCUACAACAGGCUGUUGGGCUCUUCCGAGGAUAAAUAUCUCACAGCAGAAUUCUGGCCAAAUCUUCUCUCUCUUGACCUAAGUUUUAAUAAUUUUACGGAUCUGUUGGGCAUAGUCUCUAAACUGGCCACUCUGCGGAGGCUCAGAACGCUUGUGCUCCAGGGUAACCCACUAGUGCUCAUUCCUGGCUAUAGAGGUUUUGUAAUAGACAGCCUGCCCAAACUCUGUAUACUGGACGAUAGGAACAUAUCGCCUGAUGAGAGGCAUCAGUUCCAUGGUCUGUCUAGCAAGCCAGAUCUCAUUGGGAAUAAAGCACAACUGGUGGUGAAUGUUGGGAAAAUCAAAGGCGUCCCCAACCCCAGCAAGCCAGAGGAUCUGGAAAGCGGCCCAGAGUCUCCAGUGAUCACUCACAGCUACUAUGUGACGUACGAGUUUGUGGAGGGGGAGGAAGCCGAGGACACUAACAAUUCUGAGGUAAUAAAAUUCCAUCAGAGUCAAACGGUGGCUACACCAAACCCUGGGAGCCCACCAGGGAAUGCUGACACAGGAGGAUCGGAGUCUUCAGCUCUGUCUUCUCUGCUUAAACAGGAGCCUCCGGCAAACAGGGCGAACAGGCACCUUACCCUUCGGAAGCACUGGGCUGAGACCAUUGAGUGCAGCCACAGGAAGGAGCAUGUCACUGGGGAUUUAGCGGCACUGAAAGCUUUCCUCAUGGCUGGAACCACCGUCACUGUUGUAGAGGAAAAGGUGUUUUCAUGGCCCAUUGCUGCAGGUCUGGCUGAAGAUGCAGGCAAAAAGGGGAAGGCGGAUAAGGGAAAAGCAGAGAAGGGGAAGCCAAAGGAUGGUGGUAAGGGCGACAAGCAGAAAAAGAAAAAGGAAAGCCCCGUCGAACUCCGCAGUGACCCGCCUCUUUUGAGAAGCCUGGGGUCUGGGCACGUGAACUUGGAGAGCCUCUUAACAGGCGACCAGCUUGUGGCCGUGGUGUGUGACUUAGGAGUCCUCAUCUCUGAGGAAACAACUCAGCCACCGUCUCCUAAGGAGAAGGAUGGUAAAAAGAGCAAAGACAAGAACAAAAAAACAAAAACUGGGGGAGAAAGUCCUGCAAGCCAGAAAACCACAGUGGCUGCCAAAGGAAAAGGAAAAAACAAAGAAUCUCCUGAAGGGAAGGAAGUCCAAGAAAUCCAGCCUGUGCCUCUGACCGUAGAAUUCCAAGUUCAGUUGAUUCAGUGGACAGCCGCAUCCGAUGCCCAGCACCAAUAAAGAAAUGAGAAGCACUUGCUUGAUGAGGCAGGUUCAUGUAAUAUAUGUGCAGCAAAAAAAACCUAGACUCCACCACUGAAAUAAACCUGUGAAGCUUGCUAGGUGUUGGUUGGUUUGGGUUUGUAGGGCCCAAGCCUGAGAGGCUUGGAGAUAAGCUCAACUCCCACUGACUGCUGAGUUUGCUGUGACUCCCCCUGAAGUCACCAGGAGCUUUGCCAGACUUCAGUGGGUGUAUAACAGGGUGAUCUGCCCCGUUAUGGGUAUGGAGCCAGCCAGCCAGCCCCGUUCAGAGACAUGGGUUUGGGCCUGGGAGAGGAGACGAUCAGACCCAGCUGGGAAGGAGUCAGGCUGAAAGAGCUUGGUUGACAAAAGAGCUGUGGGAAGGGCCCUGGCUGCUGAGGCCGGCCCUGGAGCUGUGGGAAGAAAUGCAAAGGGAAAGGCUUCUGGGUUCCUGCUUUGGCUAGGGGAAUAACUUUGUGAGUUUCCAGAUGGCCUUUGGGUGAGGAAUUGGUCCCUAAUAGGCUGGGGAGAUGGGCUAGCAGCCCCACCAGGAGCAGGAGCACGCCUCAUGGCCAAAGAGAAGUUCUUAAAACCAGAAGUCACUGAUGGCAGUGAGCUUAAAUGUAGCAGCAGGAGUCUCAGUGGGAGCUGCCUUUCCAGUUGUUUGAUGGAGUUUGGAUUGGCAAAUACAAGCACUCCUGGGUUUUAUUCCCAGCCGUACCACUAACUCAUGCUUUCUGUAGUGGUUGUUGAAAAUUAUUUCUGUCUCAUCCACACUAACACACAAACUGUUUUCAACGCUGUUUCAUUUCAGGGAGGCCUGGGCCUGACAAUUGUUGCCAUCAGAAGGUCAAGCUCCUAGUGUCAUCUGAACUCUUGUCACUUGGGUGUGAAUCAGAGGCGACACAUGGGGGAACAUGCAGGGUCACAUGCCCCAGAUUUCUGCAGUGUUUUAUAUGCCUUGCCCUGAACCCUGCUGCAUACCACCAGAACCUUUAAAUUGUGUCCCUCCCCCUCCCCACUAUCAACAGUUACGUGUCAUCUCUGCCAUCUAUUCAUUUUCAGAAUGUCUGGAACGUUUGUUCGUGGGCUGCUGUUGUGUGGCAUCUUUAACAGUAGUUGAGAGCUGAGGAUAAGCUGUCUUCAAUGCUCUGCUUUCUCCAGGGAGAAAACGUAAAGGCAGAGUCCUAAGCUGGCAGGUCUAUUUGCCUUCUCAGCCAGAUGGUGUCACCAGAGCUGCACACCUGAGAUAUUGUACGCUGGGCUAGAAAAUAAUAACUUGCAUAGCUGCCCUUCAAGGAGAACUUGACAAGACAGGUCACAAGAGAGCAGCUUGUGUGGCCCUCAUGGGUCUGCUAGAGAAGAAGUGGAGACCUACUUAUGCCGCAGGAGCUUGUAAGAAGAGAUGGUUGGAUAGCAGUAAUAAGAGGUUUGAAAAGGGCAGAGUGUAUUUGUUAUAAAUGAAGAAAACUCCCUAAGCAUUUAUUGGUGAACUUUCCUGAGCAGAGGGAAGACACAGGAAGGUAUGGGAUAAAGUGGGGAAGUCCCCCAGCUCCUCACACAUUGUAAUACGUUUCAGCAAAUGAUGCUAGGUGCUACAGAAAAAGAGCGAGAGCUGGGCAAUACACAGGGCUCUUGUCAAAUAUAUUCCUUGGGGAUGGCUGUUGAUGAAGGAUUAGAGCCAGACAACCCUAGCUCCAACUGGGGAGCAAUGUUGUUCUAUGGUCAGCAUACAGUCCCAGUCUAACUGGUUGUCUCUCGAGUGAUCAGUGCUGAAUCAGUUAACAGUGCUAACAUUUCACCUGUCCCCUGUGGCUUUCUGAAUUAACACCAGCUGAGAGUCAUUCUAAGACAAUUCACACUCCUCAGACCUAGCUAUUGUUUUGGGUCCUCUGAAGAGUCAGGCAGGCAGCCCAGCACCAGAUCCGACCUAGAAGAUUUUCCUUGGAAAGACAAAAGCAAAACAAAAACAAAUCUUAAAAGCUGCAGAUAUGGAUGGGAGCCCGGCCUAACGCAGCAGGAUGAAAUAAACACUUCCACUCGUCAACCAUAGGAAUUAAGUUUACCUGUGGGCCGAGCUUGUGCUCUAUUUAAGAAACCCGCC